AUGACUGCCAUUCUUGCCAGGCAGAAUCUAAUUCGGGCUCUUCUUUUGCGUAAGGUUGCUCAUAUUGUUCUUGUAAUUCUCUCUCCAAUUUCAAGCACAGGACCCAAGAUUUCUUUGUACCAGGUUGCAUGCAUAAUGGCAGGGACAGUGUACUUGAGAACCAAUCGGUUUGAGGUUAAACUCGAAGGCAUUACCUUCAAAACAAAAGAAUUUGAAUCUCUAUGCGCCAUGGAUUUUCUUUUCCCAAAGGGCAAGGUUUGGCAUCAACCACCGGUUGUUGGCCUCGAUGUUAUGCGCCACCCUCGUGAUCCAAACAUCAUUCUGGUGUUCUUGUGCUUCGGAACUGGUUGUGUGAUCCUCAGGUUUUGUUCUGGGGAUACAUUGCCUGAUCCGAUCCUCAAAUUUCUCACUGAUCAAAGGAUUCAAUUUGUGGGUUUUGGAAUUCCAGAGAAGAAAGAUUUGUUCCCAUUUGAAGAAUUGGGAUUGAAAAAAUGUAAAACAGACAUAGGUUACUUGGCAGCUAAGCAUCUUAGCGAUCCAAAACUUGAAAGAUGCGAGCUAGCAGAGCUGGCGCAGGCAGUUCUCAGGAUUAAAAGAAUGGUGGGACUAACCAAGGGGUCGUCUUUCGAGAGACAUGAACAGAUCAAGGGUGAAAUUUGCCAACUUUUUAUCUCUACUGUGAUCGCCAUGACAUUGUUGGGUCACGGUACCAGGAAAACGACAGAGGAAUCUCCUAAAAAAAGCUCAUUUUUGAAGAAUUUGAAUUCUCUGCCAUGGUUGAAUGAAGGAUGGUUCAAAAUAUCUAAAGGAAAGAAAGGGGAUACUCCCGGUGACAAUUCCAAUAGAGAAGCAGUUUCUCCAACGGAAAAACUAAUUAAAGGAAUUUUGAAAAGUCCAUCUACAGAAUUCCAGGGUUGUAAUAUAUCUUCUCCCAAGCUUGGUUCCCCUCCAUCAACAGCUAAGGAGCAACAUACAACGACAGGUCCAAAUCUGAAAAGAGCUAACUCAAAGGGCCACAACGUAUCCUUCAAGUCAUCUACUGAAAGGGAUGACUCUAAAAUUAACUUAACUGAAAGAAGAUUCAUUUAUUAA